AUGUCCGACACAGCUGUUGCGCAGAGGCCCGCGGGCCAGGCGGGACGGCGCCAAGAGGAGAGCAGUGGCUUUGGCAUGGGCAAAAUCAUUGCGGCCAUUGCCGUCUACUUUGGCGUCAAUGCCGGCCUCAGCUUCUACCUGGCAAAGGAACAGACCGGCAAGGUCGUCACGCAUCCCGAGACCGGGGCGUCCAUCACCGUGCCAGACAAUCUGGGCAGCAUUCCGCCCUACCAGCUUCGACCGAAACGCCUGGACGAGGGCGCCAUUUACAGACCCCUUCCCAAGACCAUUGCUCCCAUCUGGCCUCAGGACAGCUACCUGGACGUAAUUGUUACAAUCUCGCCCUCGUUUAACCCGGCUCCUCUUUCCUCGGUGCCGGCGGAGUAUGUCGUGCUGGACGAGAAGCGGUUUCACAUGAACAACAAGACGGACAAGCGGUCAAUCGAUACUACCUUCAAGGUGCCGGAAGCUGUGCAGCACAAUGGCACGCUCUGGGGCCACUUCUACGUUGGUCUCGCGGACAGCAUCCUGGACCCCCAUCUGCCCAACUAUGAUCCUGGACGAGCGUACCACGUUGUGCAUCCCCUGACCCAGUAUUUGGCAAAGAAGAAGUUUGUGCAGAAGCGGAAUUUGCUGGAAGACAUGCCCACUCAUGAGCCAGAGCCCGUGGAAGAGGAUGCUUCAGGUCCCAUCAUUGCCAACUACUAUCACCAAAAUGCUAGUUUCUCCCUGGUGCCUGGUUUGGGCGUCAAGGAUUUGGAUUCCAUCCAUCCUGCGCUGAAGACGUUUCUUCGUCUUGAGGCAACUGGUGCUCGCGACGGCUCGGGUCAAAACGGAUGGUACUACCCGCCACUCUUCGUCAACACAUUUUGGCAAUUGAAAGCCCACAUGACGCUUCUGAACGACACUGUUAAAGAGCUACCCCUUCAUAUUGAUCUCAACAACAUGCCCAGCUGGCAAUUUUAUGCCAUGGCUGCCAUUGAGCUCAACUCCAAAGAGAACGCUCGUCAGGCUGCUCUCGGCAACCCUGUUCCCGGCGGUGGCGAUGGAUCUGAGAUUGAAAUGAUCAAGGAAAUCUUCAUCGACACCAACCCCAUCCUUUUGGGUAUCACGGCCUUUGCAAGUAUUGCCCACAUGAUUCUGGAGACCCUUGCAUUUGGCUCAGACAUUGCGCACUACCGCAAGAAGAAGGACAACGUUGGCAUUUCGGUUCGAUCUAUCCUGGCCAACGUGUUUAUGCAGACCGUCAUCUUCCUGUAUCUCCUUGACAACUCUCAAAACACGAGCUGGAUGAUUCUCGGUACGCAAGUUAUUGGUAUCGUCAUUGAAUUCUGGAAGAUCACUACCGUUGUCAACGUUCGUCUCCGAGAAACUGCUCCGGGCUCUGUUAUCCCGUACUGGUUUGUAUUCGAAGAUAAACACAAGCUCACCGAGACCGAGGAAAAGACCAAGGAAUAUGACCAGAUUGCUUUCAAGUACAUGUACAUGCUCGCUGUGCCUCUGCUGAUUGCUUACGGCAUCUACUCGUUGAUCUAUGAAUCCCACAAAUCGUGGUACUCAUUUGUCAUUACGACUCUGGUCGGAUCUGUCUACACCUAUGGUUUCCUGAUGAUGAUUCCCUCGUUGUACAUCAACUACCGACUCAAGAGCGUUGCACACAUGCCCGCCAAGGCCAUGAUGUACAAGUUCUUGAACACCUUCAUCGACGACUUGUUCGCUUUCACUAUCAAGAUGCCUAUCCUGCAUCGACUGGCGACAUUCCGUGACGACGUCAUCUUCUUCAUCUACCUGUACCAGCGCUGGGCCUACAGGAUCGACUACACUCGUGUCAACGAGUUUGGCCAGGGUGGUGACGAUGACGAGCCCGAGGUCAAGAAGGACGACAAGGAUGCUAUUGCAGAUGCGGCUGAAGAUAAGAACGAGGCUACAGCUACUGGGGCCGAGGCUAAAAAGGCUACCAAGAGGCGAUGA